AUGGCCGGUGUCGCAAAGAUUCUCGACGGACAUGUUUUGGAUAAAUCCGAUAAAGAAGUCGAUCUUAAUGAUGAAAAAUACAAAGGAAAAGUCAUUGGUCUGUACUUCAGUGCUCAUUGGUGUCCACCAUGUCGUAAAUUUACUCCAAAAUUAAUCGAAUUUUAUGAAAAAUAUCAUGAAGAGAAGAAAUUUGAAAUUAUUUUCGUAAGUUCUGAUAAUGAUGAAGAAGCAUUUGAUGAAUAUUACAAAGAAAUGCCUUGGUUAAAAUAUGAUUUUAAUGAACAAGACAAGAAAGAUAAAAUAGAUGAAAAAUAUGAAGUAGAUGGAAUACCAAGACUGGUUUUAUUAGAUGGAGAUACAGGAGAUGUGAUUUGUGACGAUGCGAAAAAGAAAAUUGGAGAUACGGAUAAAGAUGGAGAGAAAUUUCCAUGGAAAGCAGAAGAAAAAUAA